UCCCUUCAAGCCCUUACUCCCAUUUCCGGCCGUCUCAGGCCUUUUCCGCUGUUUCUCUGAAGGCUUUCUCCUUACUCUCCGGGUGGUUCUUUGACCGUGGCCCAGCCCCUUCGCGCCCCUCUUCCGAAUCCGGCGGCUUGCUGUCACCCCACACCUCCCUGGUACUCGAGACGGAUCUUGCGUGCGUCCUCUCAGGGCGCCUCGGACUGAGGCCUGCGGCGCGCGGUGACUCCGCGCAGACCUGACCCCGCGUCUCAGCGCAGCUCCGUCGAGGCCGCCGCCGUCUCGGGAUGCCACGGCCGGGGUCUGCGCAACGCUGGGCGGCUGCCGCGGGCAGUUGGGGCUGCUGGCUUCUCGCGCUGCUACUGCUGCUGGUUACGGGGCCCGGCGGCGCCUCCGAAAUUACCUUCGAGCUGCCGGACAACGCCAAGCAGUGCUUCUACGAGGACAUAGCACAGGGCACCAAGUGCACCCUCGAGUUCCAGGUGAUUACUGGUGGUCAUUAUGAUGUAGAUUGUCGAUUAGAAGAUCCUGAUGGUAAAGUGUUAUACAAAGAGAUGAAGAAACAGUAUGAUAGUUUCACCUUUACAGCUUCCAAAAAUGGAACAUAUAAGUUUUGCUUCAGCAAUGAAUUUUCUACUUUCACACAUAAAACCGUAUAUUUUGAUUUUCAAGUUGGAGAAGACCCACCUUUGUUUCCUAGUGAGAACCGAGUCAGUGCUCUUACCCAGAUGGAGUCUGCCUGUGUUUCCAUUCAUGAAGCUCUCAAGUCUGUCAUUGACUAUCAGACUCAUUUCCGAUUGAGAGAAGCUCAAGGCCGAAGUCGAGCAGAAGAUCUAAAUACAAGAGUGGCCUAUUGGUCAGUAGGGGAAGCCCUCAUUCUUCUGGUGGUUAGCAUAGGGCAGGUAUUUCUUCUGAAAAGCUUUUUCUCAGAUAAAAGAACCACCACAACUCGUGUUGGAUCAUAACUACUUUUUAAGAAUUGAUGCACCAUUGCCACUGUAAUAUUGCUGUCCUCUAAUUUUAGGUACUGAAGAACUUAAUAUUGGCAACAUUUAAAAAUUUUACUCAUGCAAUUGUUGGGAGAGAUGUACAAUGCAUAUCCCCAAACUGUGGAAAGGACACCUUUUUUAAUUUGUAAAGAUGGAAAAACUUUGGAACUUACUUUGGGCUAUUCAUGUUAAAUACUCAACACCAAUGACCUACUUUUUUUUCUUGGUUGUUUGUAUCUACUCUUCACACACUAAACUUUGAUAUUUUGAUUCCUUUUAGCCAUUUAAAAGUACUUUUCUUAUAGGUAGUUGAUAUUUUAAAAACCUUAAAUUUAAUCUCUACAUGUGUUAUGGAGGGAGAAAACUGCCUUUAAAUUGUUUAUAGUGAAUAAAGUUGUUUUUAAGAAAACCAAAUGUGAUUAACUGUAGCCCAAGCCCUAUUCUGCACUGCUUAAUUUUAUGGGGGGAAAAAUCUACCAUAGAAAUGUUAGUUAACAUUGAUACAAUUUUUAAUUGAUAUAUCAUGGUAUAAUUUAUUUCUCACUAGCUUGUAAAAAUAUCAGAUUUUUGUUUUGGGGUUUAUUCUGUGAUUUAUAACUAGCUCUAUAUAUGGUUUUCUUUUUUAUAUAAAGGCAUUCUUACACUGCAGACAGUGGUUUCUAUAGCAAAAUAGAGUUUAUUUUAAAAAUGAGAAUGUUGUAAUGGUAGAAUAAUUUGAGACACUACAGUGGGGGCAAAUGAAACAGGAAAAUUUGUAGUGCGUUAUCUGCACUCAUUACAUUUCCAGUGCUUUYACUAAGAAAAAAGUUUAAUUGACUAGUACCUACCCUUUUGUGGCUUUAAUGUCUUCAAGUCAUUUCCAGCUUAAAUUGACAAUUGUAAUUUAGUAUCACAUAAGUGCCAUAUAUUUUAUCCUCAUAGGUG